UUAUAUUAAAAUGGAGAACUCACUUCAACCAUUGAAGGGAGACACCGUCGUAGAGUUAGAAGUUCUCAAGUUGCUAAACCCUAUUAAAUUCUGAUAGGAUUAUAAGGGAUGUUACCAUCAUUGAAAAGACAAAUCUGAUAACUUGAUAAUAUAGUUUGGAAGAAUUGGUUCUGAAUGAAAGUAAAAUGAUCGAGAUAAACUUAGUCAAGAAUCAUUUUUUCAAUUUUUUUGAAUAUGAAUGGACAAUUGAAGAGUCAGAUUCCUAUAGGAGUACAAGAUAUUUUGACAAAAAUUUACAAUUGAGUAUUGGUUGGCAGAUUAUUAUGGAUUUCCUUAAGAAAAUACCAAAUUUCAAGCUCUUGAAUUUCAAAAACUUUAGCUUUGAUUGAAUAACAACGAGAAAUAAGCGUGUAAUCGAUUUCUUAUCAUUCUCAUUUCCAAAGAAGGUCAUUAAGUUUGGAAUUUGACAUGAUAGUAGCUUUUGAUCAAGCAUAUCUCCCUAUUUUAAUGCAAUUAUUCGCCAGAGUUCAAGAGUGCUAGAGAGGGUAUGCAUCUUUGGGUUCAAAAUAAAUGCAAAACAAUUCAAAAGGUUAAUGGUUGCUUACACUCAUGUUCAAACUAUUUCAUUAAUUGAAUGAAAGCUCUCUUUUCCUGAUGCCAUAGACUUUGGUGGGCUAUUGAAAAAUACAAAGAUCAGAGAUAUAAAUUUAAACGGAUCUAGAGGAACUGAUCAUUCAGGUUGGGGAAACAAUCCUGAUGAAUUCAAUAGAUUGAUUCAGUCAUUAGCUUCUUCCUAUGAGUUGAAGCUCAGUCUCGGCACAUUAAUCAUUAUUGAUUGCGGAAUUUCAUUGAGAACUGCCAGAAAUGUCUUGGAUGAAAAUGGACUGGAAAAUGUGUUUGUUUUUAUUAAAUAGUAG